AUGGAUGAUUACAGGUCAGAAUACGACGGACAAACUUACGACAGUUAUCGCGAAACGGAUGGCAGCACUGAAGGUGGUCGGUUUCCGUACGCAAAGCAAGUCUGUACACAUUGUCAUAACGAGAAAAGAAAGUGUGAAGGCUAUGAGGAAGGUGGUCAUUGUCUACGAUGUAUUGAUAAAAACAGAGACUGCCAAUUAUUCCAAAGAAGACAGCGAGGCCCUAAGAGAACGAACCUGGAUAUUCUUUCGGAAGAUUUACCUGGCGUAGAUAUUCCGAUAAAGGUUUCUCUUAGCAUAAAUAUUCCACAAGGAGAUUUACCUGGCGUAAAUGUUCCGAUGAAGGCUUCAUCUGGCGUGAAUACUCUACAGGAAGAUUCACCCGAUGUAGAUGUUCUGAUGAAGGCUUCACCUGGCAUAAAUAUUCCACAGGAAUAUUCAGUCGAAAUGGAUAUUUCGAUGAAGGCUUCGUCUAACACAAAUAAUCCACGGGAGUAUUUACCCGAUGUAGAUAUUCCGAAUAUUCCACCGGAAGCUUCAUCCAGCGUAAAUAUUCCAACGAAAGCUUCAUCAGUGCUGGAAGGAAUGCAAAUAGACGAAAUAGACGGACGAAACACGAGAUACUUUAAUCCAACAAACUCGAUAAGUUCUCGAGUUUAUGAUAAUUUAGUUAAAGAAAGCCUUGAGACGAGUAAUAACGUAUUAUCAACUGAAUAUCCCUUUCCGGAUACUGAUUCAUCAGAAAGUGUAUCUAAAAAUGCUUCAUCAGAGGAUCCUCCAAAUAUAAAAAACCUUGACAUAGAUAAAGAAAAAAAAUCAAAGACAGAGAAUAGUCCUCUUCCCAAUAAAAUACCUAACAAGACUCAAAAGGAUGUAUCUGGCAUAUAUCCUCCAUUGAAAAAUGGUUUGCAUUUGCGUCGAGACACGAAAUAUUUCUAUCCGAUGAGCUAUCGAGAAUUUGUCCUUCCUAUUCGCGAUUUUGAAGAUCGAACUUACGUUGAAACCGACAUUUCUCUUUGUAGUAAAGAAUUCUUAUAUCCUGACGAACUCGAUAUGGAAAUUAAAACUUGGAAAAGUCUCGGGCACUCGGACGACGAUAUAGCACACAUGAAAGAGUCUUGGUACAGGAAAAAAUCGUUACUCAUAAAAAACACACGGGUUUAA